ACUGAUUCCAUUUAUUUCAUAUGAGCAAAAAAAUAAUGAGUAGUUGUUUUAUGAAACUAUUUUAUGCACUUGUGCUGCUUUUAUCGAAUGCUGCAGGACCUGUUCUUAGUGCAGAAAUAAAGUGCAUAGAGAGUGAGAGACAAGCACUCCUCAACUUCAAACAAAGUCUCUUACAUGAUUAUGGCAUGUUGUCUACAUGGAGGGACGGUGAUAACAAUACAGAUUGUUGUAAAUGGAGAGGCAUACAAUGCCACGAUGAAACUGGUCACAUACAGUUACUCGAUCUUCAUGGUGAUCGGUAUGCAGAUGCACAAUAUUUGGAAGGUUCAAUCAAUCUCACUUCGUUGAUUGACUUGCAUAAUAUUCAACAUCUAGAUCUCAGCAAUAAUUUUUUUCUAGGGAGUCAUAUCCCAGAAGAACUCAUUGGCUCCUUCACCAACUUAACAUAUCUCAAUCUCUCAUACUCUAGGUUUGAGGGGAGCAUUCCAUGCGAACUUGGAAAGCUUACACAUUUACAGUAUCUGGAUCUACGCAACAAUUAUCUCUAUGGGGAACUCCCUUUUCAACUUGGAAACCUAACACAUUUACAGUAUCUGGAUCUAAGCAGUAAUGAUCUCAAUGGAGAAAUCCCUUAUCAAGUUGGAAAUAUCUCACAGUUGAGGUAUCUUGAUCUUUCAGGAAAUUCAUUUUCUGGAGCACUCCCUUUCCAGGUUGGGAAUCUUCCUUUCUUACACACUCUUGGACUUGCUGAAAAUUUUGAUGUCAAAUCUAAGGAUGCUGAAUGGUUCUCUAAUCUCUAUUCCCUAACAAUUCUUCGCUUGGAUUCUUUUCGUAAUCUUGGCUCCUCUCAUCAUUGGUUACAAAUAAUCAACAAGCUUUUUCGAAACUUAAGAGAGUUGAGGUUGGUUGAUUGUUCUCUUUCAGAUACUGAUCUUCAAUCUCUGUUUUAUUCAGGUUCCAACUUUUCCUCUUCUCUUGCUAUCCUUGAUCUUUCUUAUAAUAUGCUGACAUCCUCAUCAUUUCAACUGUUGUUAAACAUUAGCCUUAAUCUUCAGGAGCUUUAUCUUUCUCAUAAUAACAUUGUUUUCUCAUCUUCUUUCUUUCCAAGCUUUCCUUCUCUUGUGAUCCUUGACCUUUCUUAUAAUAAUAUGACAUCAUCAGUCUUUCAAGGUGGUUUCUACUUCGGCUCAAAACUUCAAAAUCUUUAUUUGCUAAAUUGUAGUCUUAUGGAUAGAAGUUUCCUUAUGUCAUCAGCUUCCAUUAUGAAUUAUUCAUCUUCCCUUGUCUCCCUUUAUCUAUCCUCCAAUUUGUUGAAAUCAUCAACGAUAUUUUAUUGGCUCUUUAACUCAACCUCCAAUCUUCGUUCCCUUUACCUUUAUUAUAACAUGUUAGAAGGUCCCAUCCCUGAUGGAUUUGGGAAAAUGAUGAACUCUCUUGAAGUUCUUGACCUCCAUGAUAACAAAUUGCAAGGCAAGAUUCCAUCUUUCUUUGGGAACAUGAGCAGAUUGCAGAUAUUAGACCUCUCUAAUAACAAGUUGAAUGGCGAAAUUUCUAGCUUCAUUGAAAAUUCUUCAUGGGAACUCAUUGUCUCUGAAAUUUGUUCCUAG